UCGCGGCUGUGUAGUUGUUAAGGCGCUGUGCGAAUGUAAAGUGCCGCCACCAGAGCUAGAUUUUCAAGUGGAACGAUCCCAUUCGUUAACCUGCACGACAAUAAUGGUUAAGAUCGGUGAUGAUAAAUAUGAGUAUAAAGUAUUUGAAGACUCUCGAAAAUCUGUUGACGAGGAUGAUGUUGCUGCAAUGGAUGACGUUGAAUCUAGCUUAGAUGAACAUUUCACUAAAGGCAUUGAAGCCAAUGAAAUAUUCAAUUUUUAUGUUGCUCCCAAACAUACAAUUACGAAAUUGUAUCAAUAUCUUAUAAAAGAAUAUUACAUUUAUGUUAAAGGUAACUGCCAAAGCGGAAAGACUACUUCCAUUAUCACAGCUAUAAAUCUUCUACUAGAAAAGUCAAAUGCCAAUGAAUUACCAAUUCCUGAUCUUGAAAUAUACGUAAUAACACUUGGUGUCAGGAUCGAUAUAAGAAAUGGAAAAAUGGCUUUUUGGAAGUCGAUCUGUAAACUAUUUCAUGCCAAAAACAAUGAACAAUUUUUUUUUUUAGAUAAAAGAGACUGCGGGGCAAACGUUUUUAUAAAUCCUUUUUUAAAAAAAAGGAAUAAGGCGCCUAUUUCAUUCAUAAUCGAUGACUUUUCUAAUGUUUUUGAGGAACCAGUAAUUUUGGAGGAACCAAUUAAUACAUUACAGUUUUGUGAGGUUUAUUAUUUGGAGCGAAGCAAAGAACGAUAUAUUUUUGUGCAAAGGAAUCAUAAACGAGCAAUACGCACUAAACCAAAUUCUGGUUUUGAUCAGAGAGCGUCCAUGGCGAUGUCUACUCUAUAUGUGUAUAUGAUACUAAAGUGGAUAUCAGAACAAUCUGCAUAUUCAGAUGCAACGACAGAUUCUGCAUCUGAAGAUGGCAAGCUUACGAAAUUUCCAUAUUUGAAUGUGAUUGAUGCCACGAAGAUUGUAGAAUCUCCAGAUUUGCGAUAUAGUUUACUCUAUAGUCUUAUUGUCCAACGCUAUCCUCUUGUUCUGAGAUUCCGAUCGCAAUUAAUUCCUAUAAUAAUCACGCGCGGAGUUCAAGAAUUAUUGGAUAAAAUUGGAUUUUUACCAGAAACACCACAUAUCAUGGUUAUGGCACCUGAAACGUAUGCUAAAUUUGGUCAUCUUUUGGAAGCAUCUGGUUACAUAGAUCAUCUUAAUCAAUACGUUCGUUUAUUGCUUAAUACACCAGCAAAUUUGUAUCUUCAUGGAAAGCGACUUUUAAAAGAGCGUAAAUAUGAUGAAGCUGAGUAUAAAUUUAAAAGAGCAGGAGCUGGAUUUG